AUGCUCUCGGAUGCGGAGUUCUCCCACCGCCUUGACGCUGCGUUAGCGCAGGUGACGAAGAGCUUCCAGCACGCCAUCCCCUUUGGUGGGCGCAUGGUGGAGCUCGGCGGGUCUCUUAUGGAUGCCUCCAUGCGGCCCGGCGCCUCGAUGCCUCGCGCUUCUUCGCUCCCUCGUGCAGGCGAGUUACUUGACACACAGAGGGACGCGGAGGCGCAAGCCACGGGGGAGGCGUUACGGGAAAUCGCAAAGGCCGAGAGCGAGUCCCGCGUGGAGGGUCUGCAGCACUGGCUGGAACGGGCUUCCGAGGGGCGUCACAUGGGCGAGUGGUGCCUGAGUGUGCUCAAUAGCCUGUCGGGCUGCCUGGGGUCGAUGCGAGACGUCACGGGGGCCGUGCAGGAGCAGAGCAACCUCCUGAGCAGCAACGCCUCCGCCCUCAUGGUGCGGAAGACAAAACUGGAGCUGGUCCAGGAGGAGCUUGAGCGGAUGAUUGGGCAUUUCACCCGCAUCGAUGUCCUGACGCGGGAAGCCGAAAGCCCCGCGCUCUCGGCGGCCUCCACACGCUACCCAGGCAUGCUGCAGGAGAUGGAGGAGGAGAUGCAGUUUCUGUCCCGCAAUCCCCAGUUCUUGUCCUCCAAAACGUACGCAACGCGGUUGGCUCUGGCGCAGCAGCGGGCAUUUCAGUGUCUAAAAUACGCCAUCGUCGCAUCCCUGCGGUCGGCACAAACUGCGACACUGGAUGCCGAAGCCUACCGUGAGUCCUUUUAUCUGCGACGGCGGAGGAGCUCCACUGACGCCGAAAAUGCGGCGGGACCUGCAGCCACAACGACAAACACCACUACCAGCAGCAUCACCGUCUCCGUCUCCUUGCCGCUUCCUGGCGUAAAAGAUGACUCGGACGCUCAACGCGCCGUCGCAGAGGCGCUUAGACGCAUCAACGCCUUUUUUUGCGAGAAACUCAGUGAAAAGGCCUCCCUUCGACGAAUGAUGGAGGCACGUGGGGGGGAAGGCGAGUCGACGGAUGACAUGAACGACAAUGAGGUCCUUGACGCCUACCGUGACACGCGUGUAUUAAUUGUGGGGCCACUGCUACAAAACUGGCUGGAAGCAUGGUGUGGCGUGGAUGCGACGGUGCAGCCAAUGCCAAAACUUGUGAAGCACCUGAGCUCCCUCAUGAGGAUUGCCUUGAUGGGAGAGAAGGAUGUCUUUGAUGAGUUAUGGCUUAGGGAAGACUUCAGCGCACGUGUUUUCCAGCAACUUGUUGCUGGUCUUUCAAGUGAGGUCUACCACGUCUUUCGCUCCCAGCUGUUGCAGGUGGAUGAGCUGGAGGUGUUGGCGCAGACAAUAGAGGCGCUUCAGUGGGAGACUACAAGGCCUGACGAUGUUGCAGAGCUUAGCGGACUUCUCACUAAAUUAAUUCAGGACACACAGGAACGGUUGAUAUUUCGCACCAGUGUGUUUUUGCGUCAGUCGAUCAUGCGUGGAGGCCCCACCAAGGCGAUGGUGCAGGAGUUUCAAAACGACGGCGUCACCUCGAGUGAGUCCUACAUCCCGGCGCUUAGUAAUUGUGUGGCGCUCCUGCGGAUUCUUUACCCUUCCCUGGAGUUUUCCGUCUUCUCGGUGUUUGCGGAAGAGGCCAUUCACUGCACGUUAACGCAAAUGCAUGAGCUGGCGCGGCUUAUGAGUCAACAGCGCGGGGAGCACAGUGCCGCGAAAGGCCUUAUGUGCCAACUGUGUCAUCUGCUUCACCUUCGCGAGGAGCUCUCGCGUAUUGACGAAAACAUUACUGUCGUGGAGAAACGCAUUGAUCUUAGCAAAAUUGCGCGGCGACGGCUUGAAAUUGUGCAGUCCUCGCGAGAGUCGAAGAAGGAUGUGGAGACGGAAAUCAAGGUCUGCUGCGAGCGUCUGGUGCAGAUGCUUUUCUCAGAGGUCUCCGCCCCGCUGUCGGGAGUUGCAAGGAAAAAAACGGAGGAAAUUCAGGCCGCCGUUGCCGAAGCGGAGGAAAAAUGGGUGACUCAGAAGGAAUUGCUUUGCGCGUUCAUCUCCAAUGCGACAACGCGGGAGGUUAUCCUGCGCCCCGUGAGGGCGAGGCUGGACGAGUUGCUGCGUGAAACGGACUCCAUACAACAACAACAACAGCAACAGCAGCACCAGCAGCAGGCGGUGGUGGGGCCAAGGGGCGAAGGAGAGAAUGGGGCGCUGCGAACCCCGUCUGCGCCGGUGGCAGCAGGCGGCACUCCCUCCGUGCCCGAGUCUGGGGGGCCAGCACCGGGAGGAGACGGAGGGGCUGCGGAGGUGUCGCAACAGGCGGUGGGGCAGCAAUCCGCAGUGCCGGAAAUGAUUCGGUGCCCGCUGCAGGGAGACCCGAACUUGGUGUAG